AUGACCAAAGAGACUCUCACCAUUGCCAUAUGCGGGGACAAGGGUGUCGGAAAAUCCAGUCUUGUUCUUUCGUUGGCUAAGGGACGCUUCCUCUCCAACCUGCAAGACGUGAUACCGGCGGUGACGAUACCGAGAGAUUUUUCCUCGAACCCAUACUCUGCUAGGAGGACCAUAUUGGUCGACACGUCUGAAGCUGAGCCGGAGAAGUUGCAAAUGGAAUUGAGGAAUGCCGAUGUGAUUUGGCUUGUAUACUGUGAUCGCGAGUCGUAUGAACGGGUGUCGCUCCAUUGGAUGAUGAUGUUCAGGUCUAUGGGACUGAAUAUCCCUGUUGUCCUUUGUAAGAACAAGUGCGACGAGUACCCCGGGGGUGACGUUUACUCGAACUCUGUGGCUUUGGAUGAUACCAAGAUCGAGGACGAGGAAUUCAUUCCGAUCCUGAUGGAGUUUAAAGAGGUGGACACAUGCGUGAAAACGAGCGCUAAGAACCAGUUCAACGUAAAUCAGGCGUUCUACCUGUGCCAAAGGUCCAUCACCAACCCAAUAGCUCCGCUGUUUGACUCCAGAAUUGGGGAGUUGAAGCCGCUGGCUGUGAAUGCUCUGGAGAGGAUAUUUCUGCUGUCAGACAAGGACCAAGACAACUAUCUCAAUGACGCUGAGAUGAUGGCGCUUCAAAAGAAAUGUUUCAACAAGAGCAUCGAUGUGGCCGAGCUGAGUUUUAUCAAGAAGAUCUUAUCUGACAUAUCGUUGAACCCGCAUGAAUUUAUCAAUACUCCGUUGUAUGUUCCUGAUAGAGGACUGACGCUGGACGGGUUUCUCAUGUUAAAUAGGAUCUAUACAGAGAAGGGCAGACACGAAACCACGUGGGAUCUCCUGAGGGCAUUCCAUUACACAGACUCGCUUUGUAUAAACGAUAAGGUGCUCUAUCCCAAGCUAAAUGUGCCAGACACAUCGAGCGUUGAGUUGAGUCCGAAGGGUUAUCGAUUUUUAGUGGAGCUAUUCCGUCGAUUUGACAAAAACAACGAUGGGGGGCUGAACGAGGAGGAAUUGCAAUUUCUGUUCAGGCGCACUCCUGGGCUUCCCUACCUAUGGACGGCGACAAACUUCCCGUUUUCCACUGUGGUCAAUAACAGAGGCUUCAUCACACUGCAGGGUUGGUUGGCGCAGUGGAGUAUGACGACGUUUCUCGACUACAAGAUAACGACUGCGUACCUAAUAUACUUUGGCUAUGAGGACGACGUUAAAGAAGUGCUGCAUGUCACGAAAGCCAGGAAGAUGAGGCGGCGAAAAGGGAGGCUGUAUAGAUCUCCAGUAAGCGAUCGGAAGGUGUUCAACUGUUUCGUAGUUGGGAAGCCCAACAGCGGCAAGAGCUCCCUUUUGGAGUCGUUUCUGGGACGGGUCUUUGCCGAGUCGUAUUGCCCAACGAUCAGACCCAAGAUUGCGGUCAACAGUUUAGAAUUGAAAGGGGGGAAACAGUAUUAUCUGAUCCUGCAGGAAUUUGGUGAGCAGGAAUCGGCUAUCCUAGAAAAUAAAGAAAAGCUGAGUGAGUGCGACGUAGUUUGUCUCACCUAUGACUCCAGUGACCCGGAAUCGUUUUCUCACCUCGUUGAGCUUCUGGACAAAUACAGGUACCUGCGAGAUCUUCCUCUCGUAUUUGUUGCGCUGAAGGCGGACCUGGAUAAGCAGCAGCAACGGUGUUCCAUUCAGCCCGAUGUUUUUACUGAUUCACUUUUCCUUGACCAUCCGUUACACAUUUCGUCAACCUGGGCGGCGUCCUUGAAUGAACUAUUCAUAAAAAUCACCGAGGCUGCAUUGGUUCCCGGUGAAAGUACUCCGGGAUUUCCACCGGAAGAACGAACUAGCGAUACAGAUUAUAGGCAGACGGCCGUAAUUCUGGGCUCUGCAGUUGGGUUUAUUUCGUUGCUGACGUUCACGAUGGUGAAAUUACUGAAACCGGCUAAAUUUGGCCGCUAG